CUUUCCUUUCCUCAUCCACCCUCUAGAGUAAACAUAGCCUUAAUCUCCAUCCGCCGCUGCCGUUGGCACCUUAUGAACACCGUCGCCACCGCCGCAAUGCCGCCGCCGAUGCCUCCGUCCUCCAAAACUCUGCGGGUGGUGAUCAAAGGGCGGGUGCAGGGAGUGUUCUUUCGUGAUUGGACGAUCCAGACCGCCCGGGAGCUCGGGCUCAACGGUUGGGUGCGCAACCGCAGGGACGGCUCCGUGGAGGCCCUCUUCUCUGGCGAUCCCACCGCCGUCGACGAGAUGGUCGAGAGGCGCUGCAGGGUCGGCCCGCCCACCGCCGCCGUCACAGCCCUCAGUGCCUUCCCCUCCGAGGAUGAUCCAGGUCAAGGAUUUAAACGGAAACCCACGGUCUAGAAUAUUAGGCUACAAUUUGACGAGUCAAUUUCACGCAGCAGUUUCGUAUUAACAUCCCGGUGGCUUCGUCUUCCCAUUAAUCUCCUACUUUAUAUCACAGGUUCAAUCUUUUCUUAUUUCUGUUAAAGAGUGUUGCUGUUCUAUGUACAUGAAUAAAUUUUAGUCGACAAAAGUCAAAAAC